AUGUCGAUGCGCACAAGCACCGAACAAGAGAUGGGUGUUCCUUCAGAUAUGGCUUCUCCAUCUGAUCAGGGGCCCAGGUUAUCCCUGGAGGCACUGCCCUCGGAGCUCGUGAUCAUGAUUUCCGAUCAGCUACCGCUCCUCGCUCGGCCGUCGCUGGCAGCUGUCAAUCGCAGGUUCCACGCGGUGCUUCACCCCGUCAUUGCUGGCCAAGCUCUUGCGACGUUCCCGUACCUGCUCAUCUGGGCGGCCAGCCAGGGCUUUGUAGGCCUCGUCCAGACUCUGCUCGAUGGCGGCGCGGACCCCAAUGCCGUCUUUACCACCAAGCACAGUGGAGAUCCCAAUACCCAGUGCUUGCAUCACUUCUGGUGGCCCGCGCCACACCCGCAGUACGGCCCGCCUCCCCAUGCCGCGUUCCAAGGGCCGAUAUACUCGCCCCUGUGCACUGUGCUCCAUCAUCGACAGUGGCUCCGCGCGGCCCGGGACCAGACUAUACAGGUGCGGCGGCGUGCUCGGGAACCACCUGAGCCUCACUUCCUGGUCCAGCCCCGAGGCCUUCACCGAGGCUCGCUGCCACCACGGCGACCGUGGGUCUCCUCGGGCGUCCUCACUUGCCUGCCGAGAUCCGCGGCUGUCGACCCCUUCGACUUCCUUUCGGCGAUGGCACAGACGACAUGGUGGUCCGCGUUGCAUCUUGCUGUAGCCUGCCGCCACGAGGACGUUGUUAGACUACUCGUCCGCCAUGGAGCUCGGAUCGACGCAUCUUACCGUGGACUGUGUCGCUGCAUUCCCGGCGCCGAUCCUUCCCCGGACCCCCCGACGGUGACUGACCGGGUAUCCUGGCUUCUCGGUGGAUGCUGGACGGCAUUGCAUUUGGCUCUGUGUCUCCAACACGAGGACAUGGCUCUCCUCCUGCUCUCUCUCGGCGCAGCGACUGCUGUCUCGCUUACGGUUCCAAACCAUACUGCACUCGACUCCGCAGUGGUCACCAACAGCCGAAAAGUCUUGCGGGAGCUUCUUCUUGUCGAAUCGCCCAAAGACGACGGCCUCCGUCUCGCGCGUGGCGGCUUGGGCGUUCUCUCCCUGUCAGUCACGCAGUCCACCAGCAUAGAGACCACGCGCCUCCUUCUCUCCCGCGGCUUUUCAGCGACGGCAUUAGAGCAAGACGGCCGGACCGCCUUGCAUGUAGCCUGUGUAUAUCGACAGCACGACAGUGCCAAAGAGCUGAUUCGCGCAGGCGCCGACGUCAACGCAGUCUGGACCGUGCCAACCAUAAGAGCUCGGCCGGUCCCACAACAGUCCUUCAAGCCUUUGGACAUUGUGUGCCUCGACGCGCCUGCGUACAAUUUCGCGAGCUCGCCUGUCUUUGGUCGUGGGUCGCUUGCGGCUGGAGAAGAGCCCCAAACAGACCCGGUUGGGCUGGCUGCCGACCUCAUCGGCCAUGGCGCGAAUGUCCACCCCGAGCUCCCCUGUGAACACUCGCCCAUGGUCCUCGCUGCAAGUGCCUGCAUGCCGGAGCUUUUGAGGCUCUUGGCCGAGUCCGGUGCUCGCGUCAAUGACGUGGAUGCUAGCGGCUUCACCCCGUUGUUGGGCGUCGCGAAGCCGCUGGCGCUUCUUGGUCCUGGUCGGCCACCACACAGGCUACUGACUGUCCGCUGGCUUCUCGACCACGGCGCAGACCCGAAUUACCAAGAACCCUCUACAGGACACACCGCGCUGUGGAAAGUCUGCCAGAGUCCAUUCAUUACAUCCAGAGAUACCUUGGACGUGGCACGUGCGCUCCUGGACGCCGGCGCGGAUCCAAAUCUGGUGGCAACCUCUGGCGAGUCGGCGUUUUCAAUGGCCCUCGAGGAGCGCAAUGUCGAGCUCUGCCGCCUCCUUGUCAGCCGCGGUGCUGACGUCUCGGCCCCUACAAUCAACUAUCGAAGGCUGUUCCGGGAUCUCCUGGCCACUAUGCGCAACCAUAAGCUCCACAGGGGCAGAGACAGAAGCAAUUCACGACAUAACCGCAUCGAAUUUGGCGUCCAGGGCCGGAUCCAGGAGUGUCUGAGCUUUGCGAACCUGCUGUUUGAUAUCGACAGGAACAAGACGAUUCUGAACGAUCCCCACCUCUUCUGGCGCAGCGCAAAGUACCCAGCACAUCGCGUCGCCCUUGCUUUUCUGGCAAAGGGGGAGCCCAAUCUGAGAUACUGCCCUCCCCGGGACGCAUUAAGGACAUGUCUACACAACGUCCUGGACGCACAGUCGUCCCGUAUUGUGUACGACUAUGAGCUGGAGCUCGUGCAGGAGUUGAUAAAACGAGGUGUGGACGUGAAUCAAGGACACCCAAUCCUCCAGGGCUUUGCUCGCUUCAAGUGGACCGCGGUAAGGUUGCUGUUCUCAGCUGGAGCCAGAAUACCGCUGGGUCGCAGCAGACAAGCUCUCCGGUUCCUAAUCAGUCUAUCCUACACCAUGCCGAUAGGAGAUAUCCUCCGCCUGGUGCUUGCUGACUUGCACCGGAGCUUUCUUGACCUCCCAAGGGCCCAGCACCGUCCGCCGACUGGAGCUGGGCCACUUCGAGAUGAAGAGCCCGUCAGCUUGGAUGACCCACCCGAGAACACUUCUGUGUGGCAGAGGCUUCUCGACAGAACGCUUCUCAGAGCAUGCAAGGCUCCGCAGGUCCAGGCCAUUGCUGCACUCCUAGAUGCUGGGGCCAACGUCAACGCAGGCGGCCACACAUCCACUUCGCUGUCGGAUGACAACGUGACGCCACUGUCUACCUUGAUCAAGUCCGCCCACAAGCGGGAGCGCGAUAGUCAGAGGUACCAAUCACUUGAGGUCGUUGCAGAUCAGUUUUUCGACACUUUCAAAUUGCUCUGUGCACGCGGUGCUGCGCUGGUGAUGCCGCCGCCGGACCAGGGUCAUUCCUCGUCCCGCAAGCCGCCACGGGAGAUCGUGCCCUACAUCCCGCACUGGGCGGGCCCAAGGCCAAAGCCGGAUCGGUCGCUCGUCACCACUGUCACGGAGGGCUGGCCGAGCUCUGCGUUCUGCGCAGCCGUUGUCGAUAGAUGUGACUUUGUUCUUGGGGAUAAGUCUGAGGACGACUCGACAUCCAUCAAGGUCAUCUUCCGCGACUUUGUGCCCGAUGAAGUGCUGAAUAUCUGGCGGCAAUCUGCCAGAAGACACCGGCGAGAAAGUUCUAGCUCAGGAUCGAGUUCUGGGAGCAACGACCAUGAUGAUGGGAGCGAUGACAACGAGGAGGAAGAGGACGAGGAAGAGGGAGUUGGGGCCGACGGAGUCGAUUCACAGGAUGAGGAGGAAACUCGGCAAGCUGGCCAAGACAGCCCUUCCGCUGACGAUGACGGAGAUGGAUGGGCCGCUACCGACUCCGAGCACUCCUGGCAUUCAAUGUCCCACUUUGAUACGUCUGGCUCGUCGUCUAGGUCCAGCUCGGCGUCUCGUGCAAGCGGAUCUGGCAGUGACAGUGAGAUCGUCUGA